CACAGCUUUGAGAACAGUCACUUUCACUGCACAUCCUUUAGGAGUAUGUGAAAUAAAAUCUCUUCAAUCUUAACAUGUUUUUCAAGGUUUGGAGAUAUUUUGCUGAAGUGAUUGAAGAUCACUUUAUUGUCAUUCUGUUGAGAUACACAACGGAAUUUAGAAAAUAGAGCUGAGAUACACAUGUUAAAGAAGGAUUUAUCAUUCUAAACAUGUUCUCAAGCAACAGAAUAAAACGAAUCACACAUUUUCCUCCUAAUGUGGCUCAGUUCAGCACACCUGAGUAGGUAUUACUGUGUAAAGGUCAGUUCUUUAUUACUUUAUGGCUCUUUUUAACUUUUUCUGCCAUUAAAGUAUAUUUUAGUGUCACUAUUAGCCUUUAAUUUCGCCAGGGGCCAAAAAUUUGGUUUAUUUUAACUGAAUGAAGACAUAAAACUGAAUGUGUUUUUUCUGCUUAAUCCACAGAGUUCCCUGUAAACGUAUUUACUGUCAGGACUUGAUACUAAACUUCCCCCAUGAAAACCGCUGAGUGUGUUGCAUUCAUGGGUUGUUUUUGGUCACGUGUACGCAUUAGACCUUUAUAAUUUUUCAGUAAAUGUGUCAUAAAACUGAAUAUUUCUGCAUCCAGGCUGCGGAGGGUGAAGAUCGAGAAGAGGAUACUCGCCGAUCAGGGGAACACGAUGGUGGACCUGAACAAGAUGCAGAGCCUGAUGUACGACAUGCUGGCCGAGGUGCAGGGCUGCCGGGGGGAGCUGGACACUCACAUCCACAGCCUGGAGAAGCACGUGGAGGAGCUGAGGGAAGGAUUCAGGAGCCUCAUGCCGCUGCUGUCCAGCACCCUGUCCACCCAGAACUCCUCCAUCCGCCACCUGCUCAGGGAGAGGGAGGUGAAGACGGAGACGGCCAGCGUGAGCGGUGGAGACAGGUAGAGGUGACGGAGGAGACGCCAAGAUGCUCGAGGAGUUUCUGCCUACAAUGCAGCUGAAAUUAUCACAGUGGUUUUUAAAAAUUUCCUACAGAGACGGACAGACGUGUUUAUAUAAGCAGCUGAAGGAUGUACAGAUUGUAAAAAUAGGUGGGUCACUAUAUAAUUGUGGGACUUUUUGUAUCAUAGUUGACAUUUUUGCUGUUUUCAGACCUAAAAUCUACAUGGGCACCUAUAACCAAAUACCACAUGGCAUUUUUACACAAAGAUUCUACUAAAUAUUAUAAAUACAAUUAAGUAAAAUUGAAAUUGAAAGUUAUUUAUAAAGAUAUUGUAGUAAACCUGCUGACAUGCCAUAAAUCCACACUUGACUCACACACUACUUUAUAUUAAAUAACUCAGAAAACCUUGGAGUCUGGCCAGUCUUUUCUUCAGGAGGAAAUGACAUCAUGUGGAGCAGGUCAUGUGAUCUGGAAUUAACACACUUCCUUCAGAGGUGUUUUUGUAAUGGGGAACUUAGUGGAAAAUGAUUUCUUGGACAGAUGCAAUUUCUUAUUUUCCAUCUAAAAUUUGAUACAUUGCCAAAAAAGAAAUAUCUGUCAUGAUUAUCUCAACUUAAUAAAAAGAAAACUAUCAAAACUAUUUCUGAAUCAGCUCAUUUUAUUGUUGUUUAGCUAAUUAGAAGGUGGUUAUUAAAUUGGGAGAGUUAUUCAGUUGACAUUUAGUGAUAUCCAGUCAUUUUUUAAGUGAUUGUUUCCAUAAUAAUUACAGAAUGUGUAUAGACAUGAUCAUAAAGAACAUAAAAAACAUUAGUUUUUUUUUCUUUUAAUAGUAACGUAUGCAAGAUAUAGUCCCUCAGUUAUAUAUUGACCCAGGUAUAGACCCAUUUUAUGUUGCAGAAUGACACAAAAUGUAGAAGUUAGUCACUUUUUUAUGAAGGGGUUUCUGAUGUAGUGACAGGAAAUUGGGGAAACAACUCAUCAAACUGAACAUUUGGAAGCUGCAGUAUUGAGUAAACUGAAAAAAUGCCCAAGAAGUUGCAAUUUGAAGACUUAUACAUUGGAUUAUAGUAAAUAACUGAACAUUCAGUGUCCCCCUGUACUUUGAUUUUCUGUUUCCUGAUGUUUGAGAAACCACCUAAUAAUUAACAGUAACGAGAAAAUGCUAUUUUAGCCAUAUUUUAAGAAAAAUUAUGUAAUCUUGGAUAAUUUUGGCGAAUUGUAACAUCCAUAAGUGAGUAGCUUUAUCUGUAAACACUGCAUUUUUUCUCAUUGUGUAAUAAAAAUUUAAUUUAAA